CACCACAAAUAAUACCAGAGACAAACAGCAACAAAACAACACUGCAACUUAAUUUAACAUUUGUGUGCGCAUUUAAUUUAAUCUGCAACAAGAGCAGAUGAGCAUCAUUUAUAUUUUUUUGCAAUAAUUUUUCAUAUACAAAAAUAUAUUUAACAACAAAUACUUUAGAACUCGCUGAAUACAAAGUGAUUUGUGUAUUAUUUUAUUGAAAACUGUAAGAUAUGAAUCCUACUCUAUGGGUUUUGGUGGCCAUAAAAAUAUUCGUAAUUUUUUGGCUAAUUUAUUACAUCUUCGAGAGACGUAAGAGAAAAGCUUCUGUCGAUAAUCUGGUUGUAGCAGAACAAGGCACGGUUACGGCGUAUGCUGGGGCACCUGUAACACAAAUUCCCAAAGAUUAUAAUGCAUACAAUCAACAGCAGUUAUAUCCGCCAGCAUCGGCAACUACAAUUCCAAACUUAUAUCCCUCCAUUGGAAUUGUAGAUGCACAAUCAAAUAUGGCGGCAACAAAGUGAAUUAUGUGAAGAAUUAAAAAAAAAAACUUUGUAUACCCACAAGUCAAUUGUUUCUAUUGUCUUUGUUUUUUAACAAAACUGUAUGUAUUAAUUAACUGAUUUUUUUAUAUAACGAAUGUAUCUUUUCUCUUUAUAAACUCAAAUAAUUGAACAUUUUGUAUAAGAAAACUUAGAUGUUUACACAUAAAUUUAUAUUUUGUAUCAAUUAUGAACGAAAACAAAACGAAUACUUUUUGUAAAUUUUAUGCUUUUUUGAUAAAUAUUUUAUAUAUAAUUAAAAAAAAUGAAUAUAACCCAAUGUACUAACUAUAUGGACAAAAUAAAUGAAAGUUUAUAAAACUCUA